AUGGUUGAUCCGUCGUGGGUGCGUGGCGUGACGCACUGGAUCGAAAUCAGCCUCUGCCUCGUCACGCUCAUCUUCAACCUAUCCCUCAUCUGUCUCAUCCUCACGACAAAAUCCAAGGUUUUACAUGGAUAUAAAUAUCUUCUACUCUUGUUCUCGCUAUGUGAACUCGGCUUUUCCAUUACGCAUAUGCUCAUGGAACCGAUCCUGCUCGUGAUCGGCAACUGGGUCGUAUUUUUCGGCUAUGGCGCGAUGGGAGCCCAUCCUGCCGGACCACCGCUAAUGUUUUUAUGGAUAUCUUUUCUAUCACAGAUUGUCCUUUGCCUCACCCUACACUUCGUCUAUCGCUAUGUAAUGGUUGUCAAAACGGAGUGGGCAUUCUUGUUCAAAUCAUGGCAUCUUCUUUUCCUGCUAUUCUCGCUGUACGCCGGCUUCUCGCUGGCUCUUUUCGUGAUUCCGGUUUUGUAUUCCACCCCUGACAAACAGCUGGUACCCCAACUUGGCGAGCGCCUCGCCUCAAUGGGGUUGUCGCAGCAGGACGUGACCGUACUUGGCGCGCCAAUUAGCAAAGCUACAAUAGAUGGCGAUCGCGAGUACAACACCUUUUUCUUGGGCCUCGCCGCCACGGCGCUGGCCGUCAAUAUGGCCGUAAUUUCUGAAAGGACGCGCCCACAGCAGCGCCAAUUGUUUAGAGCAUUAGUGGUACAGACCACCGUCCCAAUGGUGUGCAUUUUCAUCCCAGCAAUCGUUUUUGCGCUCGGCUCAGUGUUUGAGAUUGACGUAGGCGUUGCAUAUUUCCCGCUCUUCACCCUAUUUGUGGUAUUCCCGGUGCUAGAUCCGCUGAUCAUAGCCUACUUCAUCACCGACUACAGACGCACAUUGAAGGCGUUCGUCUCGCGCGUCACCCAUGUAUUUGACUAUGAACAAUCGGAGAGCUCCCUCCAGGACGAGCCGCUCAACGCGUCGCAUGACAAAGGAGACUUUCCUGUGCCCCUG